UGAUGAACACCGCACGGGCAGCGGGGACGGUUGUCGGGGUAGGGCGCGCAGUUGUAUGAGAAAGCGACUGUCUGCUUCUUCCCGAGGGCGGCCCUGUUUAGGACAUGCCAGAUCAUCGGCAGGCAGGUCGUCAUUUUUUUCUUUAUCCUCAAGGUCGGGUGCACCACACACGGCAAGUACAACCACCAGUACAACAGACGAAGUAGAUGCUAGAACACCCGGAUGUAGUGCGGCCACCAGCAGAUCCCGGAACCGGCGGCAGGCGUCGCGGAGCACAUCGGCGUCGCGGCGGGUCGCGAGAUGCUGCUUGUUUUUAGCGGACAAGUGCGGGCGGCGGGAGAAAACGAAGAUCAUUUCGUCCGUUGUCGGGGCGGCAUUUGCGGAGCCGGCUCACGUUUCGACGAACGCCGGAGAUAAAAAAACGAACGCGGAUAGCAUUCAAAACGGUGAUGUAGUUCCCGUGCCUCUGGGCCGCGAUCAAGACGAAGAUGAACCUGGGGAGAUGAACAAUGAGAAUUUAUUCGCAGCUCCUCCUGCCGCAGGUCCUGCUGCCAACCCGCGAUUGCGCGGCGCCGCGAAGCAUGUUGGUAGAACUGCGCCACCAGCAGCAGCAUCUGCAUCGUCAUCCUCAACCGCAGAAGUCGUAGAGGACGAGGAAUGGGAAGGAACGGAUUUUUCAUCGAGUAGUUCUUCGUCUUCGUUUAGCGAACGCGAUGAAACUAGAGGAACUGGAGGACCACGACCUCCGCCGGAGAGUAGUGCAACAAGUAGUGCUCCUGCAAGUACUCGUGAGAAAAUAUUAAGUGGUGCACGAGAGAGAUCUUCCUCUCAAAAGAUCGGCGGCAGCGAAACCUUCGGCGGGUCCAGCUCCAGUGCACGGCCAAGUUUUCUCGAACAAGACGAAAUCGACAACGACUACGGGGUAUCAAAUGUAAAAAUGUCUGGGUCUGGAAGAGUUAUGCUGUUUUUGCAUGACACACAAGGGCUGGCAUGGAAGCUCUAUCAUCACAGGUUUCGAAAAGCUUCCGCAAUGCCGAAUCCGCAUGACAAGCACCCCAUUUUGGUGACAGAAAGUAGGCAGCUUUUGCUACCUAUGCAUGAGAGAUUUUUCUGUGUUCUACAAUGCGCAUCACAAGUUUGGACUCUUCCAGACCCAGACAUUUUUACAGUUGAUACGGGGACCUGGAGCAGCAGAUUAACCUGGCCGCCGAACAGAUUCGGUUCGAGCAGGAUCAGGGGCGGGCAGGAGGACAGGAGGAGACGGGCUUUGAAUUUAUUGCGAGGAAAGAAGUAGAAGUAGAGCAAAACCGAAUUAGGGGAGAAAAAUCCGGUAGUAGCAUCAAAAUCUUGACCCGUCCAGAACACGCGAAAAAAAAAAGGUUGUUUUUUGAGGGUCUCGCCUUAUUUGUCAGACCUCUUGCGGGCCCCGCAGCGCCUGCAAAUUUACCUUGCGGCUGUUGCGUUUCACAUAAAUAGGAACUUCAGCCGGAAGCCAUCGGGCAGGAGCAAGCGGCGCCGCCGGGUGCUCGCCCCCCCGUGUUUUCCAGGUGCCGAAGGCGGUCCGGCAAUCGGCCCGGUCCCAGGACCGACGCAGCCCGGCGGGCGCAUCAAGUCCAGUCCUGUUGUGGCCCGAUUGGUCUGACAGGAAGAAUCAGACCUACGAGGCCGCACGUGCCAACAACAAGAGCCCCAGAAGCCAUCCCCAAAAACGACCCCCAAAAGCGACCCCCUUCUCCCCUAUAGAAUCGGGCGAUUUUAAGUACCCCCAAAACCGACCCCCCUAGCAACCCCCUUCGGGGCCGGGCAGGACGAAAACUGCGGGCGCUUUCUUGUUCUUUCGAACACUCUCGCCUCGAUAACCCGCAAGCGCCAUCGGCAGUGGCGAGGAGCAGAAAUCCUGAAGCCUUGCUAAGGGCUGCGCGCUCACAGCCGGGGCUCCCUCGCCUUGCACGGCCGGCACAUGUGGAGCAAGACAACAAGAAGACCCGACAGCCGAAGCAGCCACAAACCACGGCUGCUCAGGCGGGCCCGGGCGAUUCGGAGUGGCUGCGCGAAGCCUCCGACUGCCUAAAAAAAGAAAAAGUUUAAAGCUCCAAAAAACAACCUUUUUUGUUCGCGUGUUCUGGACGGGUCAAGAUUUUGAUGCUACUACCGGAUUUUUCUCCCCUAACCGAAGAAAUAACCUGCGCGGGGGCGGGAAGGUGACCACUCCGUCAACCGCAUCAUAUGAUGAACAAGACACUACUGCGGUUGAUGGAAUGAAGAGCGUCCACCAGAGCAUGCUGCAAAAAAGGGAACGCGAGUUGCACAACAGAAGAAAUCUUGAAGAUCACCUGCAGGACGAGCAGGAGCAUCAUCAAAGUAGAGAUUUUGAUCUUCUCUCCUUUGCAGUACCCGCCGACUUUGCGCUGGCACAGCUGCCGGAGCGGCCUUUGGACGAAUUGAUGCCAGACGACACGGAAGACCUGUUUCGGGCCAUAGACGAGCGGAAAGAAACGUUCUUUUCGGGGAAAAGACCAGAAAACGUGGACGAGGAAGACGGCAAUGUCGUGGCAGAAGCCGGACCCGGGGAUCAUGAAGCUUUGCUUUCGUCGGACGAAGGACCAACAAGGUCUUUUGUGCAGCAGAAACAAGAGGAGAUUGACGGAGGUGGGAACCUCUUGUCGGGGUGGGAGCAGGAGCAAAAACGUAGUCACAGUGACGAGGCUCAAGAAGUCGAGGACCCCGGCGAGGAGCAGGACGCGUCCGGUGGAGGUACUACAGCAGGUGCGAGUUCGUUUUUCGCGCAAAAAAACCCUGUGACCGCUUUCCGAGACCGGAGGGACAGGAGGCAAGACGCCGCAAAGUCCUCUAUUUUCGGGGAAGAUGACGGGGAUUACACUGUGGAGGACGAAGAUGACGAUGAGGUUGACGGGCAACAAAUAGACUACGAUCAAGAUGCGAGGCAGCGGGCCGUAUGAAAUGCAAAUAUAUCUGGGGCUGGAACUGGAUGAGUGCAACAAGGUUGGUCAUGCUAGUUCGGGGGCAUGACUCUAAACUCUGUAUUGCGUGAGCGCGAAGAGCUUCUCUUGUCUGUCAUGUAGAAACGCAGUUUCAUCUCAUGCGGAGGACGCAACUCAGAACCACGGGAAAAUUUGUCAUGCUGGGCAGUGCAUUGCAGUGCACUUACUAUUCCCUUUCCUGCAUCACAAGUUUGCAGACCCAGACAUAUUUGCGAUGCACAUGCCGACUCCCUGGUGGAGUUUGGUCGGUAUCUGCGACGACUGGAAGAGGACCGAGAGUUGCAACAGGACGCGGAAUUGGAGGCGCUAGACGAGGACGACGAGGAAGAAAGGGCGGUAACGAUGAACAAGAACGACGCAGUACUAGAAGAGGGCAGCUCAACUACAUCUUCAAGCAGUAUGUUCUUGCAACAAGAUGAAGUAGUUUCUCCGCUGGAGGAAGUCGAGAAUCCCUUUCUCGAGGAACUGGAGGAGGGGGAGGAGGGGGAAGAUGACGAUAGUGCUGCUACCUCCUCGUCAGUACUCGAACACGGACGAGCUGCGGGAACGACGAAGAAAGAAGCUUCGGCAGCGACAACGAAGAGGAAACAAGCGGGGGACACCAGCACCACGAGCAGCGGCACAGCGGACCCCGCCAAGGAAGCGCAACAGAAAGUGAGCAAAUUGGCCUCUCUGGUGCAGCCGGGCGGGUCCGGGGCCGUGUCCACACUGAUCACGAUCGGGCAGAAGAUCGGCGAAAAGCAGGGCCCGAACCCGGAGAACUUCCAGAUCCCGCGGGAACUGCAGAAAAUCUACGACGAUAUCAAAAGGAAAAAUCCCCCCCUCCCAUAUCAAAACGGAAAUCUGUGAUGCAGAUUUGUUGUCACAAAUCAGCUUUGUCAUGCUACACGGGAAAAGAUGCGGACUGUAGUGCUGGGUGGCGUGGGGGAGCCUUGCAUCUUCAGCAUGAUAGGAGGCAGCUGAGAGUGGGAAACAGCAUGACAAAUUGCCUGCAAAAGGGACCACGACUGCGGCUCUUGGCCUUCUAGCAUGACAAGUCCAUUUGGUACCUCAAAUCCUGCAUCACAGAUUUCCAUUUCGAUAUGGGGAGGGGGGAUUUUUCCGUUUGAUAGACGAGAAGAUAAAACCCCUGGCGAUGAAGGUGCUCCGACCUGACCUGGCGGAGAACUACGGGCUGGGCGCCAUCAUUGCCCAGCACGCGAAUCGCUGGCUUUCCGACGCGCACAUUCCCCCGACAAUCGGAACGGAGGGCGUGGCGGUGCAGAUCGUGUUUCCACCAGCCGGCAUUGACGGGCGGCACCUGCACCCCGUGCUGCCGAACGACCUGAACAUUGGCAACAAGCUGACGAUGGAGCAGAAGGAGCAGCUCGCGGCGAUUCUGCAGGGGCAGGUGGGCCGCAUCCUGCAAGCGCCGGCGGUGGUGACGGCGCCACCGUACCGGCAGAACAAUAAUAGCGGCAAGUCGUACUCCAAGAGCUUUUUGCAGCACCAACGGCAAACCAGCGGGAUCGUCCUCCUCCCCUACGCCGUGGAGAUCGGGGGUUACACCUUCACCCAGUUUGAGAUUCCGGUGCGGUUCCUGUUUAUCGUGAGAAAAAAGUGUUUCCCUGUAAAGUUGUAAUGCAGAAAAUGUAUCUCACAAGUAAUUGUCUUGCUACACAUGAUGCAAGACAGUGGCUUUUUACCUGCGUUUUCCCUUAGGAACCUGGCAUGGCAAGUUUUCGUUGUCAUGUAGAACAGACUUGUGAUGCAAAACCUGCAAAAUCCUUACAGUGAAACACUUUUUUCUCAGGAUACUGCUCCCCGUGCCCAAGGUGAAGCAGCUGGUCACUCUGUUGACCGCCGUGGAGGGAACGGAGAAAAAUACGGUGACCAACCUAUUACAGUGAAAAAUGCCCCCCACCCCUUAAAUUGUAAAAAUUUGUGAUGCGAAGUUUCCAAAUGAAGACUUUUUGUCAUGCAUGAAAGGAGUAUGAAUCUUUCUGAUGCAGGGUCUAGGCGUGUAUCGCAUCGCUUGCAUGACAAGCGCCGCUCUUGCUGGGGUCUUUUGCAAUACAAUAAAUUCUUGCUGUUCACGAUUGGAAACCUGUGAUGCUGAUAGAUGCAAGAGGGUGAGUGUUUCAUUUGGAAAGGUUUGCAAUACAAAUUCUCCCAAGUUCGGGGGUGGGGGCAUUUUUCAUUGUAAUACAACCAGGAAGGAAAACGGGUGGUCUUUCAUCCGGGAACCAUUUUCGCGGUGCGUGCGGUGCGCGCGACGAAGAAAAAAGCAGUGUCGACGGGUAGUAGUGCAGCUGGGGGUGGAGGGGGGCUCAGUAGCCUGUUUGGGAUGGGCAACAAGCCCACGCGGGUGGUGACGGCGGCACACCAUCUCGAGCAGGGACAGCAGGCGGGAUCCGAAAAUCCAUCAACCUACGUAUCCUGAUUAAAAACGUCCCCACACCAGAGUCAAGAUGGGGAUUUUGCAACACAAUAAACCUAGGAGCGAGUUUUGGGAGUCACGCAUGACAAGUUUCAGUCCGUAAGGUAGUGCAAGUUAGCAAGGAAAGCCGCAUCACAAAUCGAUCUGCUGAUCCUGUUUACAGCAUUACAAGUUCCCAAACACGAUUGGAACUGCCUGUCAUGGGGUUGCGCAUCACAAAUGUUCCUGUCAUGGCAAAUCUGCAUGACAACACUGGUGUGGGGACGUUUUUACUCAGGAUACUACGCCGACCACAGUAUCGAGUUGGUGCCCCUCACGGAGAUGACCGAGGUGGUGGAAAGCCUGGGACCGCAGUCUGCCAAAGAUGCGCGGAAGGAUCCGACGCGGAAGGUUGCGAACGACUUUAGUCCCACUUGGUCAUCCACCGUGAGAACCAAGAAUGUAUUGCAGGUGCUAUCGUGAGGAAAAACGUCCUCAUUCCAGACUUGUUGGCAUGCAAAUCUGCAAGCCCCCACCCCCUCCUUAAAAGUUGCUCAUGGGUACUAGUUCUCCCAUAGCGAGUGUUUUCCAAAUGCUGUCUGCGACCUUGUCAUGCUAGAAAUAGAAUCAGCCUGAGACGGCCUCUUUAUCAUGCAGCUGCGCUAGCUAAGCACGACUCUACUGCAGGCCCAAACUUGUCGUGCACACGAGAAAAUGAAACUUAAUUGGUUUGUGUAGCAAAGUUCCCAGCUGCAGCAUCAUGCAUCUCGCUGGAAUGGGGGCGUUUUUCGUCAGGAUAGGCGAGCACGAAGUUGCUCGCGAGCCAGAUACGGGUUUUGCAGGAUGCCGAGCGAGGAGGGCCAAGGGUGUUUGUUCGCAAGCAGACCGGCGACACGGCUCGGGGCUCCCUUCUGCCGAAAUUGUACCAGCUGCGUUGGAGCCCGGCGACGAUCAAUGCCAUGGUUGACAAAAUUCCGGCGGACACUGCUAUAACGUGCUCAUUUGUGACAAUUUCAAACGUAACUACAUGUAGAGAAAUAGAAAUCUGUGAUGCGAAAAAUGGCAUUAUCCAGCGUACACUCGCAGGAUUGCGCAUGGCAAGCUCCGGAACUCCAAGCCCCAUGAGCAGAAUCUGGCGAAAUCUGUAUUGCAGAUGCGAAAGGCGAAGGCCAAAGCGCAAGGCUCUACAUGCUCUCUAUGCGAGACAAAAUAUAGACUCUAUUGUAACGUUUCUUUGAGAUGAUCGAGAUCGUAACAACUGAGCAGGUCAUAACCGCACAAGCGAGCCGCGUGCCGAAAUUUGAACUGGUGGAGGACACCCAGUUUCUCCGAGAUUUGGCACGGGCAAAGAUCGCUAUUGGCGAUUUUCUGGAAAACUGGUUCACGGAAAAGCUGGAGACGGACAAGCCAGAAGAAAAAGCGAAAACCGGAAAAAAAAUCAAGAAGCUCAUCGAUGAGUUGUUCGUAUCAAGUGUAAAAAUGUCGGGGUCUGGAAGAGUGCGCGAUUUGUCAUGCAGCGUUUCCAUGACCCAUGAGGUCUGGAAUGCAGGACCUAGCAUGACAGAUUCUGUGCGAUCUCUCUCAUGCCUAUCCUGCAUGAGAAGCUCCCUCCCGCCUUCGUCAAAACUGGACGACUUUUUGUAAUCAUGCAACACAGAUUUUUGCAUGCUUCAGAUUUAGCAUGACAAGUUACAUUCUUCCAGACCCAGACAUUUUUACAUUUGAUAGUUCGCGGCUUUUGUGCAGUUCGCCCUAAUGGGCAUGGAUCCCAAUUCCGGAACCACCUCCGCGGGAGCGCAGGUGCCAGCGCCCGAUGGCGUCCGAGUGGCGCUGUUCCCCAUCCAGGACACCUUUGCCCUGCUGCCCACACAGAAGAAGAGUGCGGGCAUGAUGUCGAUGAGCACUAAGGCCAAGGCUGCCUCGCUGAUGGCGGACUUUAUCCGAGGGGAGGAGAUAAAUAAAACGGGUUUCUUCACUUCUGAAGAUGUUUAAACGUGAUUGUGUAUUGUCAUCCGCGUGACCAAAUGUGGCUUUUACGUCAAUCCUGACACAGGUUAGUGACAAUAUCCGCUAACUAUGUGUAAUGCAGCGUGCUCCUUCCACCUAUGGGAAACAUGAAAGAUCACGGGUGGGAAUGGCCCUUUUCAUGUCUUGCAUUUGUUAUAUUGCAAAAAUCCUUGUUGCUUUCGCAGCCGCCUGUUGUUUUUUGGGCGAAGAAGUUCUGGUGCGUACUUAAGUGUAGAUCCAAGUGGUGCAAUCUCCUCUACCUUGGAUAGACUUUAUGGGAGAUCUGAUCGCGGAGCGGGAUAAGCAGGAAGAGGUAGAUGUGGCAGACCUGGAAGUAUCGCCGAGAAAAACGACACAGGCAGGUCAUAUGAUUUGUACAGAAAAAAAAUCUGUAAAAAUGGGCGAGCCCAUAGCAUGCUGUUUAGGAUACGCAAUGCAGGCUUUUGUGCAUAUGAUGUAUUUUGGCAUUUACACAUAUGUCCGGCCUGUCUUUUUCUCUUGGAUAGGAGAAGUUGCAGAAAGAUGUAUCCUAUGCGAAAACGUCCCCAGCAGCACCCCACAGUCAAGAUGGGAUGAAACCUGCUACACUACAAAUCCAGAAGCUUUGUGCGCCCCGCAUGACAGAUUUGGACAUGAAGUGUAGUUGUUUGUUGCGGUAGUUGUAUAAGAGCCGCAUGAAGAUCUCGACAUCAAGUUAACCCCCUCGCCCUGAGUAGAACAUGACAAAUUAUUCCAAAACAUCACGACUCCAAAACGCUUCUCGAAGGCGGGCUGCUGCGCAUCAGACACGCACGUGGUAGGCAUGCUCUUUUGCAGCUGCAUCGACAAAACUGCGGUGAUGUCGUGGGCUUCGUUUUUUCACAGGAUAACACGGCGUGAAAACGCAGAAACCUCCGAAAAAGACGCAGGUCGCUGCGGCUGCGAAAAUGUACCAGCUCGCCAUGGACAUGAUCGAUACGAAAGCCGCAGUCUCGUCGGUGGACGUGCUAACGCCGCUGGUGCUGCGGUUGUUUGCCAGGUUCAACACCGCCGGGCGGCAGGCCGGAACAGACCCACCAGAUGCGGGCAACAAGAACCCAGUUCAGUUCGGAACAGGCCGCCACUUCCAGCCGGACCGCGCGCUCAAAGAGCUGCGCGAACUGCUCACGGCAACGCUUGCCGGGACGCAGCUGGGUUUAUUCAAGCUGAACGAAAAUAUGGGAUCGUUUCAACGAUUAAAAUUAAAAAAAUUAAUUUUUAUUUAUUCAAGAGGUCAUACAAAAUGAAAAUCAUCAGAGUGCGACGUGGAAACUGCCGUCGUCGCGGGCCUCCGAGGUGAACGUCUCCGGAUUGUGUUUUGUUUAUGGUAAUGAAAUAGCUAGACACGUCCCAACUUCAGCUAGUUAAAAUGGUAUGUAGUUGAACAAGGUUUAAGAAUGCAAAGGAAGCAGGAAGCUUGGCUCCGUCUUUGCGGCCCACAAGCUGGGCGUCUGCGUGGUCCCUCGCUCUCCGGCUCGUCUGGGGCCCCGUCACGUAGCAGCGACGCUAUGCUGGUUUCGACCGGUGGAGUUUAUGGGGCAAUGUGAUGGCUUUCGAAUACAUCCCAAGAGGAAGCUGGUGCGGCAAAGCCUGAAAAUGUGUGGCGUUGUAGUAUUGAGAUCUCGCACCUCAACGGACGGAGCAACUUUCGUGGUUUUGGUCAUCAGUUUCAGAGUGGGAGUUCCUGAGUUCCUUUUAGAGCUGGAGGAUCGCGAUUAAUUAGACGCCCAGAGACGUCCAAGAAGACGUCUAUUUUCCGCGAUAUGGAAAUGGAUUGACUAAGUGGGAAUAGCCAAAGUUAAUGACGUCCCUGGGGACGUCUCUGGGAGACGUCCCGCAAGCUCAUUUUUGGCAUCAAAAUGAGGCGCGUCAAAAGUUGACGCUUUUCCUUACGAAAAAGCUACUCUUUAGGAUGCUUUUGCCCAACAUAUCCGCAGCGUCGCCUCCUCCACCGUUCUGCUCGCGAUACUCCUGCAGGGCCUCACUGGGCUCCGUGUCGGUUGGCGUCGCCUUCUCCGGGCCCAAGAUAUCGGCCAGCAGCUCUUCUCUGCGCGCGUGGAUCCCCCCCAUGUAUUUCCGGCGUCCGGAGGGGGCGCGGAGGAGGGCCCGGAUCGCCCUGGCGACGUUCUCCAUACCAAGGCGCUUGGUAUUAGAACUGCUACUGCCGCGAUGACAGACUCCAGCUUCCAUAUCAUUUCAACUAGCUUAAGUUGGGACGUGUCUAGUUAUUUCAUUACCAUGAACAAAACACAAGCCGGAGAUGUUCACCUGGGAGGCCCGCGACGGCGGCAGUUCCCGCAUCACCUUCUGAUGAUUUUCAUUUUAUAUAACCCCUUGAAUUGCAAAAAAAUAAUUUUUUUUAUUUUAAUCGUUGAAACGAUCCCAUAGAAAAAUACAACACGGACGAGGAGGCAACUCCGGUAUCUCUUGCCCAGCUGCUCAAGGAACUGCCGGACUUUACCGCCUUUCUGCCGGGGGCCGUAAUGAGAAAACGCGAAAAUUCGCUGACGGACGCAGUGCAGCGAAGUAAAAUGUUCAAAGAGUGGGGGGUUGGGAAGCGGUCAGAGACCCUGGCGACUUCGACUCCGGAAGCCAUGGCUUUUUCGGCGGAGAAAAUGUUUUCCUCGAAGAUCAAGGUGACGGCGGCACCGCAGCCACCCUCUUCGUUUUUGGAAAAAGUAGGGAGUGCCGCUGCGUUCUUGGAGUUUGGAUCUGGGUCUGGGCGAGGGCCGGAGUAUUUCCCUAGUACGGGGUCGGAGAAGUUCAAGACCCUCCGGAGGAUACGACGCCCCGCGUCCUCUUUCGUGGUACAAGCACCCCGCGUUUGUUUCAUCGUUCGUGAUACUUACUAUCAUGUCGAGAAUAGUUUCGAAGUUAUCAUCAUGCUUAGCGGGGGCCAUUUUUAUAGUACAUUCGCGCUAUAAUUCCUAGCCCUAGUUCUGUCUUCAUCAGCCAAAAAACGCUGCGCUCUACUUUCUGGGACGCAUGUAGUACUUCAGCGUGAAAGAGUUAACAUGGCUACGACCGCGUUCGCGGAUGCGGACCAGAAGAAGGUUGAAAUUUGUUAAAACGUUAUCAUACAGCACCUGCGCGACAGAUACGGCAAGCCACAACCUUCAGAAGGGAAGAAAAGUAUUACGCCAGGGAAAAAGUCUAGCUUUGUCAGCACAGGUAGGUCGGUCCUCUUGCGUACUUACUAGCUAAAGCAGUUACAACAUGCUAUGUAUGGGGAUCAUCCCCUUGAAGAGCAAGAGAGAUCAUCUACUCAUCCGUUUAUUCGUUGCAUGCAUGAUACACUGGCUUUUUUUCUGUGUGAUAUUGGGGAAAAAUCCAGAGAGAAGAUCGAAAAUUAUCAAGAAGAAAACCGCGGCCCCCAUCUCUACCCACUGCAAAUAUGUCUGGGUCUGGAAGAUGGCAAUUUGUGACAGCACGUCCUGUAGAUUACACAAAAUUUGUCUGGCGCGGGUAGCACAAGCUGCCCACUUUUGGCUACACUAUACCGGUAUUUCUCAUCAUGCGGCAUAUAUGAAUUGGAAAGCUUUUACACCGCCUGUGAUGCUAAGCCCAGCAUUUCAGAUUCAGUCCUUGCGGGGCAUCCAAAAUCUGCAUGACAAACACCUGCAGUCUUCCAGACUCAGACACAUUUGCAUUUGAUAUACCUCCUACGCAGAACAAAUUUGUCUACUAGGAUGGUGUGUGUACACAAGAAAGUAAUAUGAUUGAUGUGUCAAUGUCAUGAUGGCAGAAGCUGAAAGGAAACCAUGCAGAGCGCAGUAGCCGUCGUGGGUAGCUGCACUGCAGCAAACUUUUUUAUGUUGAAACUGCGCAUGAUGACUAGUUUUAAUAAAUUGCGUACUACGGACGUACUGUCCAUUGAAAGUGUGUCUGUGUCUGGGCCUGGAAAUAUGAUGCACUGAUACUAUGAUUGCUGAGCUCUUCAUGAAAAAGCGGUCCGGCUCCGGUUCUGUACGACACCUGCGCAACAUGACAAUUUUUUCGAAGUAUUUUGCGACGGCAUGAGUGAGUCUGGUUGCGCAUUACAUAACAUAGCAAAUUCGUGAAGCCUCUUAAUGCAUCACAGAUCUUGCUGUGCUGCACGUCCUACGACAUCACAUCAAAUAAAUCGAGACCCAGAUGACAUAGACUGCAAUGAAGAAAGGUUGAAUUAUUUGGGGAGAUGGGGGACCGAUCUUUCCCGGCCAAAACUGGGGGACGCGAGAAGAGACCGGAUAAGCGGAGGAGCAGCGGGAAAAGGAAACGGCGACCCAAACCGAAGUACAGGGGAUAUUUAUGAAAAGAAAAAAGUUUGUGUUUGUCACACUUGUUUUUUGCCGGACACGAGAGGACCUCUUUCUGCUAAAGCAGCUUUCUCUUGUAUUGCAGAAGCACGACUAGUACAACCACAAGUCGGAAGCAGAUUACGCAUAGCUGCAAUGUGAACAUGCAUUCUUAAGUACGCAUGUCCGACGUUUUGCAAAAAUACCAAUGCGUGAUUGUGACGAACUUUUUUGAUGUUGGAUAAUGGACGCUAGUGGCAUGGGCGAAUUGGAUUCGCGAAAACGGACUGGAGGGCGUGCCAGAGGGCCUCUGGAACUGGGUCGAGACAAUGAAGGAGAAAGGGAAAGUGAAACGUGAAGAAGUGAAGUACUUUGACAGGUACGUGCAGCGUAUGGAAGCGUCAGGAUUGAAAUCGUCACAGUUGAAAUAGUUUGUCAUGCGUAAAAUUCAGCCCGCAGAGUGCCUGUCUUGCAGAGGAGGCAAGUGAGGCAGACUGUAAGCCUGUUGAGGGGUAGAAACUGAGCUGCUAAAGUAGCAUGACAAAAGGCGUAUGCCUUACCCAAACAGCAUGACAAACUGGAUCUCGGUUCUACCCAAAUUUGUCAUGCGCCACUUAGAAACUGGGUCACAACUUUCAUCCAUUUUCUGCAUUACAAGUUAUAUCAACUUUGGCGGUCUCAAUUUUGACACUCCCAUGCAGCGCGCCGAGGAUUGGGCGGAUUGGGGGGAGGAUUAUUCGGCGGCUGAAGGAGCUGCGGUGCCGCCCGGACAACGACCGCCGAUGGAGAAUCGCGUAGGCCCAGUUACCCCGGCGCGACGCGAUCUGCCGGUGCAAAAAAACAACGAAGGAAAUGGGGAGUGCUGCAAAUGCGCGUGGCUGGAUGAAUGCUGCGCAAAGUGUAACUGCUGCGGCAAGCGGAACUGCUGCAACGAGGGGAACUGCUGCAAAGAUUAUCCUCUUUAUGGCGUCUUUGUCCGUCCCGGCAUACUUGUCAUGAAAAUCAAAACUCGACAUAAUUUGCAGGAGCUGAAUGUGCUUUGUCCUUGUGUUGAAGCUGGUCCAGAGACGAGGCUUAGGCAAUGAUGUGUGGAAAUUCAUCGCCCCGGCAGAACCAAAACCCUAGGGCAGCGAGAGGCAGAGGCCGGCUCUGUGAUGAAGAUGCAGCCUCACAAAGGUAAUUGCGGCUUUUUCCCGGCAAAAGCAAAGCCAAACUUACGUCUACCGCAGACGUAGUGUGCACUUCUAAAAACGCCAGCUGGGGUUCUCUCUAGUCUGAGCCAUAUAAUGACAUGGACGGCUUUUCAAGAGGAUCGGUAUGACGGGUGCUGUACGGAAUGCAUGGGAGACUCGAAAAAUAAUGCAGCAGCAGUAGGUGGUGCAGUUGCUGCAGGGGGUGCAGGUGCGGUAGCAGCAGGUGGGAAGUGCGGCAGGUGGUGCAGAUGCUUCUUUGGCGAUAUUUGCUUCAUGCUUUGCUGUCUAUGCUGCAGAACAGGGUACUACUCCACCGCAUGUGGUAUUCGAAAUUACUUGUCAGGCGUUGAUUGAUCUCGUGUUGCCAGCAGAAGAUUGUUUUUCUCCUUCGGAGCAGUCGCAUGAUUGCUGUGGUCUUCCCGACUUUAAGUCUCACAAACCACCUCACUGUCUGGCUCAGCAACAGAGCAACUACAGACGCGCCACAAAUAAUUUGGCAUACGGCAAGGGAGGGGCGCUUUUCUGCAGAAUAAUGUCCGACCAUGGAUCAGCGAGAGAACAAGGAUCAGGAUAAUGGUUAUAUUGAGUUUUGUGGGUGGUUCUUUUUUAAGCUCGUUAUAGGGGGACUACUUGUGGCGUAUUUGCUUGACUCCCUCGCCCACGCAAAAUAUGUACCCGAAUUUGAUGUAUACGAUUUUCCGUCCGGGUUUCCUGUGGUGACUGACCCCAUAGUACUCGUUAUUUGUAUAAUCAUCCUCUCAGUUGUCACCUUUUUAGUCGUAUUUUGUUUCGUCUGCUGUCCAAUGCGGCGGGCUUGUGCGUCGACAAAAGUCUGUAAAUGCUUUCAUAUUACUCGUUGUCGUUGCCAAGAAUGUUGGAGCUCUAAAUGGUGCAAUUUGGACCUGUGUUGUCGAAACUUUAUGCUUCAUCACUGCAGCUGUUGCUGUACCAACGAGAAAUCCAUGUUCGCUGAUCGCAGACCACGACCGGACUCAGCAGGUGGGGCAACGUAA